UCCGUGUUCUCGCAUCUGAUGUUGAUUAUUCGAGCUCGACCCUGCGAGCACCUUGGGGAUCUCGUCUUGCUAUCAACAAUCAUGGCCAUGUUGCUCUUCUACUUAUCUCCCAGCGACCUAGUCGAUAGCCUUCCAACGGGUAGAAAAGGCAACACCUGCUGGAUAGUACUCUCUUCGGAGCGGCUCUUUGUCUCUUAGUUCCGCGCACUACUAUGCCUUGCGCCCUCUCCAAUCCCGAAGCUCAGGACACAAGAGAGGAAUAUACCCUUAGUACAGGCCAUGUCCGUUCUCCUUUGGAGAAGAGCUUGGUUCUCAGACUAGACUGCUUUUUGCUGUUUUUCGGAUGUGUAUCCCAGGUCAUCAAGUAUCUGGAUCAGCAAAACAUUAAUACUGCAUAUGUAUCUGGGAUGAAAGAAGACCUGAAUCUAGUCGGAAAUGAGCUGAAUUACUUUACGACCUACUUCAACAUCGGCUACUGUAUAAUGCUCGUUCCAUCUCAAAUUAUCAUGACGUACGUUCGACCUUCCUUCUGGCUUCCUGGUCUCGAAAUCGCCUGGGGAAUCUCGACUGGGAGCAUCGCUGCCUGUCACAGUCCAAAACAGAUUUACGUCGUUCGGACAUUCUUGGGACUAUGCGAAAGCAGCGCGUGGCCCGGUACGAUGACACUAUUUAUGCAUUGGUACACUCCCACCGAGCUCGCAAAACGCAUGGGUUUCUACCACUCUUGUCAAGCGAUAGGCAGCAUGAUGGCCAACGCUCUUCAGACUGCUGUGCAAGGCACUUUGGAUGGACAUUACGGGAUGGCGGGGUGGCGAUGGUUGUUCAUCAUUAACGGUAUCAUGACCGUUGUCUUUGCCUUUUUUGGUUUUUUCCUUCUUCCCGAUCUGCCCAACAAACCUAAUCCGAGGGCGUUUUGGUUCAACAAGGACCAUGCCGCAAUGGCUAUGGAACGGUUGGAGAGGCAUCACCGUGCCGAACCAAAGAAAGUGACUUGGGCUAGCAUCAAACGCUCAGCUGCCAACUGGGUGAUAUAUUUCAUCACUAUCCUCUAUGUUGCCACAGUACUGGCUAGUUAUGGAUACGUUUACUUUAAUCUCUGGCUGAAGUCGCUUAAAAAUCCUGAUGGGACCAGUCGCUGGGGCGUGUCGGAGAUCAACGCUAUACCGAUUGGUGGUCAAGCUAUCCAAGUAGCAUUCGUCUGGAUUUGGGCACUAUUAUCCGACUGGCUCAAGACCAGGCACUGGUUGAUCAUUCUUCAAGGCAUUAUCGGCCUUGUUCCAUGCAUCAUUAUGACGAUUUGGAAUGUUCCUGAUGGGGCGAAGUACUUCUCGUACUUCACAUCGUUUGUCGCGCUCGGUACUGCCCCCUUGAUAUUUGCAUGGGUAUCGGACCUCAUCCCCCAAGAUCCUGAGCAAAGGUCACUUGUGGUCGGUGUAGCUGUUGCCGUUUAUUAUGCCAUCUCUGCUUGGUCUCAAGUUCUCGUAUGGCCAGCUUCUCAAGCGCCCCAUUACAAGUACGGCUGGCAGGUGUCUCUCAGCCUCUGGAUUCUUGUCAUCAUCAUGACACUAACGUUGCGGUGGAUCGACAUACAAUACAUGCUGCCAAAACUGAACUCGGAAAGGAUGGCGGCAGGUUGGACUCAAUCGCGGCGGACGAACUACCUCUACGGCACGUCUAGACGCCGUUUCACUGUUUCAGUCUGUGGUUGAAAGAAAGUUUAUAUAUCACAGACUGUAGAUAAAUAGGACAACAAUUAGUAAUCGUAAUCAUCUUCAAUGUUGAGUGUUGGCUUCAUAGAUUUUUUACCUGUACCUGUGGAUGGACAUUUAGUCACGAUCCCUUUGACAGCAAGGCACAGAUCAUCCGUUAAUUCCGACGA